AUGUAGAAUUAGAACAGAUUAAGAGAUUACUUUAAUUAAUCCUCUUUUUCAAAUUUAGAAAUAUUUAAAAUAUUCUAUUAAUUUUUGAAGAAUUUUGAAAAUUAAUAUUAAUAUGAUGAAUAUUUAGGUUUAUUUCAAGAGAGUUUAUAACACAAAAAUGGUUAUGGAUGCUUUAAAUAAUUAAUUAUAGAAUUUAAUUUAUCUACCUAUCUUACUUUAUAUGUAAAAGACUUAAUUCAUAAGAAGAUGAAUACGCUAGAAUAAAAUUCAAAAGAGAAAAUUUAUUUUUAGAAUACCUUGUUGAUACAGAUAUUGGGGCAGAAAUGUAUAUGAUAUAAUUUAUUAUUAGUUUUAAGUUGA